UUUACCGAAUGAAUGCCUAUUUUCUUGACUUGUAGUUGUAUUUUGUACUUCACCGAAGACUUGUUACUGAAUGAUUAGCUAUUUUCUUGAGUUGCAGUUGUAGAAGAGACAGAACAGCUUCACAAAAAGACAACAGAAAUUGUUAACAAAAUGACGGAAACUAAUGAUGUUAUAACAUUUCAUCAAUGUGUUGUAUGUGAUGAGAUUUUUAAACAAUAUGAUGAUUUAGAAAAACACAAUAAGAUGCAUGUUAAAGAAGAGAAAACUGAUGAUGUAGAUGAAUAUUGUCAUGUUAAAGAAGAGAAAAUUGAUGAUGUAGAUCGAUAUUGUCAUGUUAAAGAAGAGAAAACUGAUGAUGUAGAUGAAUAUUGUCAUGUUAAAGAAGAGAAAACUGAUGAUAUUGAAACUGUUUAUCAGUGUAAUUUGUGUGAUGAAGAAUUUAAUUUAGAAACAGAUUUAGAAAAACACUGUGAAAUACAUGUUAGUCAGCAAGGUCAAACUGGCGAAAAACCUUAUAAAUGUGAUGUUUAUAGUAAAUCAUUUCCACAGUCACACAUAAGAAUUCAUAUUGGAGAAAAACCUUAUAAAUGUGAUGUUUGUAGUAAAUCAUUUAGUAAGAGUGGAUGUCUGCUGAAUCACAGGAGAACGCAUAGACCAGUAAAACCAUUUAAAUGUGAUUUUUGUAGUAAAUCAUUUAAUAAGAAAAGUAUUCUACAGAAUCACAGGAGAACUCAUCCUGAAGUAAAACUUUUUAAAUGUGAUUUUUGUAGUAAAUCAUUUACUAGAGGUUAUAACUUAGAAAAACACAUAAGAAUUCACACUGGUGAAAAACCUUAUAAAUGUGAUGUUUGUGGUAAAUCAUUUACACAGAGUAAUAAUCAUCAGAAACACAUGAGAAUUCAUGCUGGUGAAAAACCUUAUAAAUGUGAUGUUUGUGGUAAAUCAUUUACCGCUAGUAGUCAUUUACAGUACCACAUCAGAACACAUACAGGUGAAAAACCAUAUAAAUGUGAUGUUUGUAGUAAAUCAUUUACUACUGGUAGUCAUCUACAGACACACAUCAGAAUUCAUACUGGUGAAAAACCUUAUAAAUGUGAUGUUUGUGGUAAAUCAUUUAAUCAGACUGGUCAUUUACAGAUACACAUGAGAAAUCAUACAGGUGAAAAACCUUAUAAAUGUUAUGUUUGUAAUAAAUCAUUUACUACUAGUAGUUAUCUACAUGUACACACUAGAGCUCAUACAGGUGAAAGACCUUAUAAAUGUGAUGUUUGUAGUAAAUCGUUUAUUCACGGUAAAUCUCUACGAAAACACACGAGAACUCAUACUAGAUAAAAUAAACCAACAAAUGAUAAAUGUGAUUGGUAGUCAUGAAGCUACCACAUGUAGUUUCGUUCUUAUGCAAACUCUUCAGGCUUUAGUGAGAUUGUGGAGCUGUUCCUUAUAUAUAGUUGUCGGGGACCGGAGCACAGAAGUAGUCUCGAUUGGACCAGAGCAAUUCUGUUUCACCAGAGUUGUUGUAAUUGUGUAUGACCAGAAAGUUGGCUAAAGAAUUUCUGUAAUAAAAAUGCUUAUUUGUAUAGAGAUGUUAUAGAUCAAGACAAUAUAACAUUUACAUAAUAAAAAUAGAUAACAAAGAGCAUAUUUGAUAAAAUAUAUAAAUAAAAAUUAUGAUUUAGCUUAUUUACCAUAUUUAGAA